AUGUGUAAAAGUCACAACUACAUGUUUACUUUUUUCUUAUGGAUAGUAUUAUUUUUUAUAAAUGAGGAGAAUAUACAAGGAAAGGUAUAUCAAGGACAAUUUUAUCUGAAAAAAAAUGAGAAAAUUCAUUAUUUAACAAAAUUCAGUUGUAAUAUAGGAACUUGUCAAUUUAGUAUUAAAAUGAAACUUAGAGAUAAUAUAACGGCUAAAUUGCUCAACAAUUAUUAUAAGCUUAAUAAUAAAACUUUGAAGGAAAUGGAAAAUGAUAAAGAUGAUGGGAACAACCACAAUAAUAAUAAAUAUGAUGAUGAUAAUAAUAAUAAUAAUAAUAGAAGUAAUAAAUUACUUCAUAUGGAUUAUGAUAAUGCUUAUUACGUUUUAAGUAAUCAAGAUUUGGAAUAUAUACCUCAAAGAAUAACACUCAUGCAAGAUAUUGAACAAAGAUAUGUUAAUAAAAAUGAUAAAUGUUAUGCCUUUGGUAAUUUAAAAAAUUCUCAUAUGUUUAAUAUACCUUUUUAUUUUAAAUAUUCAGAUUUAGUUAAUAGUAAAACAUAUAAUUUAAAAAAUUUUAUUAAUAAUAAAUAUUCUAUGUCGUUUAAUGCUAUACAUAGUGAAUUAAAAAAUAAUAAAUUGCUUCAAUCUGAAAUAUUAAAUUAUGGACCAAUAUUAAAUGAAAAAAAUUCUAAUUAUGCAUACAAAGAAAUAUAUGCUAAAACAACACAUCGAGUACACGUUUGGUUUUUAAUGUUUGACGAUUGUUAUGAUAAUUUCAUACGUAAUUUAAAAUUAAACAUAAAGACAAAAUUAGCUUAUUGGGAAUAUUUAUUGCACGCUUCAAAGAAGUUUGACAUAUCAAGUUUAAAUGAUAUGGAUAUAAAACAGGACACUAGUUAUAAUGAUUUUCAAAAUGAAGAAACUGAAAAGGAUAUAUAUAGUAAGGAAAAUAUAAAUAAUAAUAAUAAUAACAAUAUGAAUAACAAUAUGAAUGAGAAAAAGAAUAAGUCCAUAUUUUAUAAAUCAUUCAAUUUCGACAAAAUAACUCUUUUAGAAAAUCCUAAAAGAUUUUUAUUUCUAGAAGAACAAUUCACCAAAAGUGAAAUUAAUGAUAUAUCAUUUUUUCUUAAAUAUUACCAAUUUAAAAAGAUGAAGAAUUUUAAUAAUAUGUAUAAUAAUUUAUAUAAAAACGGAUAUUAUGAACAGGUUAUUGAUUAUAUAUAUCAAAACGAAGGAUUUCAUAUUGAAUAUGAAGUUAAUAUAUUUCAAACAAAUAAAUCACAUUUUUCUUAUGAAUUACUUUAUUCACCUAUACUCACAUUUAUAUUAACUAUUCUAUAUAUCCUUUUAAUUUUUAAUUAUGGUAAUACUAUAAUACAAAAUAUUACAUCUAAAAGUCAUAAACAUGCUAUGAUACUCUCGGUAGCUAUUGUCAUUUUUAUACAAUUAUUAUCUAACUCAUUAUUACUAAUCCACUUGUUCGUUUAUUCAAAGAACGGAAUAGGAAUUGAAUUCUUUAAAAUCUCUUUUAAUAUAUUAAAUUUCUUAGCACAAAUAAUUAUGUGCACAAUGUUACUUUCCUUGAGUUACGGUUUUACCAUUUUUGAGGCUUCCUUCGAUAUAAUAUUAAGAAUUAAGGUUAUCUUUAUAAUUAUCACCAUAUUUCACGUAAUUUUGGUCAUAUUAGAUAACACUUAUAUAAUGGAAACCUCUUCCAAAUUUUUCGACAAUGAUAAUGUAACUGGGUACAUAAUAUUUGUUUUAAGAAUAUCACUAGCUAUUUUAUAUCAUUUUAAUAUAAACAAUUUAUUUACAAUGUCUAAGAUUACACCAAUUCGUAAAUUUUUAAAAAAAUUGUAUGUAUACGGACUAUUUUAUAUUUUUUCUUUUCCUAUCAUUUUUAUCAUUUGCUAUAUAUUUGAUACAUAUUGGAGGCAAAGAUUCAUGUUAUUUGGGACAGCUCUUUUGCAAUUUAUAUCUACAUAUUUUAUUACAAAAAUGUCCUUAACAAAUUCAGAAUAUUUUAAAGUUUCCGAUAUGUCUGCAAGUGAUCUCCCUGGAGCAACAUCCAGUUGGUUCAAUCAAAAAAUACAUACAUAUUAA